UUACCGCUAGAGGUGGCAGAUACCAAGGAGCAGCAAAUCGAUGGGAUAUCGUUGCGAGUUACCGUUACAGUGAUUUUUUCGUUUUCGAUUGAUUGUACAGGUUUUACCUUACCAUUAGUUCUAAACUUCGCAUAGUAUAAGCUCUUUAGUCGCCAAUUUAGACUGACAUAAUGCAGAUCGCAGAUUAGUGCUUAAAACAGAGUACGGUUUCCUAAUACUGCCUAAUAAGUAUUGUGUCCUGCCUUGCAUUGCACAGCGAGUUCUUGGCAGCCAGUAAUCCCUACCGUUCAUAUGGCACCACCAUCAAAGCAGCGCACGGACAGUGUCUCCUCUUCGGGAUCUGAGAGUGGAUCGCGGCGUAAGCGUCAAGACAGUCCUCCGCCUAAACCUAAAGAUGCCAAAGAGAAAGAGAAAGAUAAGCCCAUCCUGCCCGCGACCAAACGCGGACGCAGUCGUUCUGCAUCUUCCAGUGGCAGUUCGCGUUCCAGUUCGUCGGGUUCAUCUGGUUCCAGCAGUGGCAGUGACGGAUCGGGCUCGGAUUCUAGUUCGAGCAGCAGUGGCUCGGAAAGCGAUACCGAAGGCAGCGGCUCAGUAUCGCCUCAUGCGAAGGCAGCGCGCGAUGCACAGGCAGCCGGAGGGGAUGGCGUGAAAGCGGACAAGGAGCGCAAAGAGAGGAGAUCGGGGUCGCCACGCAGCAAGCCAAAGGGAAAAUCUCCAUCGCCGUCCUUGCAGAAGGAUCGCCAAGCCGCACAACCAGAAGUCACAUCUCCCACGCAGCCUGCUCGCCUCUUUGUUAGCCGCUUGACCCUCAACGUGACCAAAGACCACGUCGUAGAAAUAUUCGGCAAAUUUGGUAAGCUAAAGAAUGUGGAUAUGCCCAUGGAUCGCGAUCAUCCUACCCUGCACAUCAAAAUAGCCUACGUCGAGUACGAAAGCCUUGGAGAUGCCAAACAGGCGCUGCACUACAUGAACGGCGGACAGAUUGAUGGUCAGAGUAUUGAUGUUCAGUUUGCGGAUGAAUUUGAGCGCCGAGGUGGCGUCGGGAUGAGACGUUUCGGUGGGGGUGGACGAAAUCGAUCAGGCGGCUAUGGAGGAUUCGGUGGAGGUCGCAUUGGGCGGCGUAGUCCUCCGGGAGGCAAGGGUCGCUCGCGCAGUCCCGCUGGCCGCUACAAUGAUCGGCGUCGGUCGCGAAGCAAUUCCCCCCGUGCGCGUCGCUGACUCUUUUUCCGUUUUCUCAUGGAUAAGUCUUUGUACCAUAAAAUGAAGUGGAUGUGUCGUUUUGUUUCAUUAAUUUUUAUUGUGCGUUGUAUUUGCUGUAUUAUCUCUGCACUGCAGUUUUUGGCUUGAUGUGUUUUGAAUCGGAACAUUACUUAACUGACUGGUCUCUG